AUGGCAAAGCUCACUGAUGAUGUCGACUACGAUGCCGGUGGAACGUUUGAGAAUGUAUCGAGUCCACUAUCAGAUGCUGGGAAUCAUGAAAACUACUAUGGAAGACGACUUCGGACUAGGUGCGUAAUACUUAGCCAUCCUGACAACAAGAUCAAGUUGCGACAAGGUCAACCCACUUCUAAAAUAUAUUACGCCUCUCAGUUUCGUAACUUUCUUCUAAGUUCGGGAUGGAGGCGUGACAAAGUAUCUCAUUAA